AUGUCGGCCUCGGCGGCAAAAGUGAGUAAAAAGGAGCUGAACUCGAACCAUGACGGAGCGGACGAAACCUCCGGUAAGGGGAAUGGCGGCCUCCUGUUCACCGCCAUUUUCACUCUCUUCUCUAACCGAAUUUGCAUUGCCACAGGGUGCAUUAUUAUCAAUUUUUGUAUUACGUAUUGCUUUAAUUUUGCUGAUUGUCUCAGGAGCAUCUCUGCUGUCCUCCAUCCUCCACUGCGUGUGUCCACAUUUGGAUAACAGCAGCUAGCAUUAGGCUAACGCGUUUGUUAGCAUGCCGCUGUUGUUGAGCACGGAGCGGCGCUCAGAGGCCAUGUUAGCUAGCUCCGUUAGCAGCAGCAGCGUGGACAGAUGUGUCGUUGACUCUAUUCAGAGAGGUCGUGUCCCACACAAGAGCAGCUUUGCUCUUUGUGCCGUUGUAAAAUUACAUUAAAUGGGUGAGUGUGUGCUGAUUCUGCAAAUCUGGUGUUGAAACACGGUGGAAGUUGUCCGUUUAACCUAAACGUUAGCUGUUAGCCUGCUGCUGCUGCUGCUGCUGCUGCUGUUGUUGUUGUAAUGUUAUCUAACGCUAGCUGACUGAUGCUACUCUGUUUGUUGCAAUAAUGCUAUUAAUUCCUCUCGUCUUGCCAUCUGUCUGAAUAAACAUUUAUGAUUUGAGGGGGAUGGUUAAAGGACUCCGUUUUAUGGUAGUUUGAUAGUUUAAGGGGUCCCUGUGUCCCGGCUCAGUAUGUCCCGUGAACGCGGCUCAGUGUGUGUUCAGAUGUCCCACAUUUAAACCACGCGGCCUGACACGGAGCGAGUCUGAGCCCGGAGAGCGGCAGCUAUUGGCCGCUCGGUCUGCUGUAACCUUCGGUGAAGCCCUUGAUACUGUCCAAUUAUUCGGCCGCCUCACAUCGACACAAAACUCUUAGACUACAACAAAAUAUUAAAUUAUCAGUUUUCAACUUAAUAAAAACCGGGGAUGUUUUUUUUAACACGUUAUAAAAAGUCAAAGUAAUAGCCCAGCACAUAAUCACUUUCGGGUAAAAAACAACAACAACAAAAAAACCUUUACAUUUUUUUUUACAGUCCAACAGUUUAGGCUACAGCAACGUACCUGAGUAAGCUACAGCAACUUUUGCCGGUGUUUCUGCUGAUGUUACCUGAAUAAACAUUUUAUUAUAUAUCUAAACCACAUAUAUCUACCAGCCAGAACAGUAUUCACACCUGGGCAGUAUUUGGAGUUUUAUUGGUUGUUGUUAAUGUACUGGAGUGCAUUAUACUGAAAGAUGUCCCUCACAGUUUUCUCCCCUCUUGUUCAUUAAUUAACUUGACAAAUUAUUAGGGACAAUGUAAUUCAGUCCAGUACCCUACAGACCGCAUGUUAAAUACGAAAUAUAAAAUACAACUGCUUGUGUUGAGUCACAUCAACUAAAACUGAAAAUGUUAAAACUGAGUAAAAAACUGUUGGUAUUGGAUUGCAUUAGACUGCCUAUAUGUUGUAUGUUUAGUUCAAUGAAUCAGUGUUUUUUAUAGCAUUUGUAAUCUUUUGUGCAGUUACAGGUGGAGUACUAUACCUGAUAUUUUGGCAAUGUUAAAUAUAACAUAAUUCCAUUAUGCUGCAAAAAGUGCAAUAACCACGAUGACACAUCAGAAGAAAACAAAAUGUUUCCAAUUAAGUGCAUAAUUUUAAGUUUACAGUAUAGAGAUCUGAUGCAGUGAUGCAACAGUUGCAAAAGUCAGUGUGAUGAUAAAAUGCUGUAUCAAUAGUUAGCCUUACCCCCACAUAAAAAGCCAUAUCUUACUCCAAAAGUAAGAUUUACAUAUUCUAAAUAGUUAUUUUACUUUUGUUCUAAUUUUAUACAUUGCUUGAUUUCUCUUUCCUUCACUUUGAUUAUUGAACUGCUGUGAAACAGGUGGAUUUUCCCCCAGUGUGUGGUCAAAAAAAGUUUGAGUUAACAUUAAUUUCUAUCCAUUCAGUUUCAGAUGCCCUUUUUUUUAUUGACACAAAUAAUUUCUGACUUCUUGGAAACCAGUCCCGCCUGUUGAGUCUUAUCUUUUGUGUGAAAAAAAUGAACUUUUGCAUCAAGACUAUUUCUUUUUUCUUUUGCAGAGAAAGAACAGCAAGAAGCUAUUGAACACAUUGACGAAGUUCAAAAUGAAAUUGACAGGUAAGACUUAUUUUGAAUAUCACAUUUUCCUUGUUAGGGCGCAGAUUUUUCCUCCCAAAGAGGACAACUGGAUGUGAUCACAUGUGAUCUUUUAAAAGAAGGAACUCUUUUGUGAAAUCAGAUGCUGUAAUCUAUGGUUUUGUUAAAAACUUGGAAAAUGUCAGCUCUUUGUGGUGCACAUUUUGACAUACGUGUGCCUAUAAAAAAAGGAUUGAUUACAUGUAAAAGUAAAUUUUAAGGAUGGUGUUUUUUUGCCUGGUUACCAAAUCAGCACAUUCAAAAGUGUUUUAAUCUGAUAUGUGAUUUAUUUUUCUCCCUUAGGUUGAACGAGCAAGCCAGUGAGGAGAUCCUCAAAGUAGAACAGAAAUACAACAAACUCCGUCAGCCAUUCUUUCAGAAGAGGUCAGAACUGAUCGCCAAAAUCCCCAACUUCUGGGUCACCACAUUUGUCAACCAUCCACAGGGUAAGCAGACAAGAUGUUAGUUUUAUUCCUACACUCAGCAAGAAGACUAACUAUGGCAGUGGUUUGAGCUCAAGUCUGUGUUUCCUACUCAGUAUCUGCCCUACUGGGAGAGGAGGAUGAAGAAGCACUUCAUUACCUGAACCGAGUGGAGGUGACAGAGUUUGAAGACAUCAAGUCAGGCUACAGAAUAGAUUUUGUAAGUAUUGUAACAUUGUGAACACCAGAAACAUGGAGCUGCAGGGGUCUUGUAUUCUUACCUGGGUGAAUUUUGUCUUCUAGUAUUUCGAUGAAAAUCCGUACUUCGAAAACAAAGUACUUUCCAAAGAGUUCCAUUUGAAUGAGAGCGGAGACCCAUCUUCAAAGUCAACAGAAAUCAAAUGGAAAUCAGGAAAGGUAGGAGAUGCUCUGUCAGAACAGAAACUAUCAAAUCAGCAUGUGUUGUCAAUAUCCUGUUUUGAUUUAACCUUAAACUACACUGUAGCAGCUUGAUGUAAACUUACUCAAGCACUUUGAACUUUCUAACACUGAGACACUUUUUUUUUUUUUUUUAAAUCUGCAGGAUCUCACCAAGCGCUCCAGCCAGACACAGAACAAAGCAGGAAGAAAGAGGCAACACGAAGAGCCAGAGAGCUUCUUUACUUGGUUCACUGAUCACGCUGAUGCUGGCGCUGACGAGCUCGGGGAGGUCAUCAAGGACGACAUCUGGCCAAACCCUCUGCAGUACUACCUGGUACGCUCACAGACGGCUAAGUGUGUCCCUGUGUGAAUCUCGGCUAUAACAUUUACCCAGCCUGAGGUCUUUGGAUAUUAUUUGAAUUAACUUACUUAGAUUUACGCAUUCUAUGAAUAUUUACUCAUGAAAGGUAAGAAGGGCCGUUAAAAGAGAAACAUUUGGGUCAGCUCUUCCUCCAGUAUACUUCAUGUUCUCUGAAUUCAAACAUGUUUCCCCAGAAACUAUUGUUAUCCCUGGAAUUUUGUCUUUUCUUGGAUUCUUCCUUGGUGGUCUUUUUGCUCAGAAUUUUCCUUGUAUUUUAACUUCUUUUGAGGAAUUUGGAUUCUUCGGUAAGAAUUCAGACUUUUUCGUAAUUGAGAUUAUUCCUCUGUGUUCCAUUCUUUUUCUUGUAAUCUGACUUUUCUCAGAAUUUCUGAGGACUAUAAGAAUUUCUCAAUUCAUUGUCUAGCUAAUUUUUUUUCACAUUUCUUUUUCCAGAAUUUAAACAAUCUUUUCUUUGAUAUCUGUCUUUUUCUUUUUUUUUUUUUUUUUUUUUUUUCUAAAAACAACUCACAGUUUCUUGGAAUUACAUUUUUUUUUUCUUGAAAUUUUGACUAUACUUCAAAACUCCUUUUUUUCCUUGGAGUUGUGAUAAUCUUUUUCCAGGUACUCUGACAUUUUCUUUGAAUUUGAUCUUUUUUCCUUGAAUUCUGACUAAAGUUCAGAAUUAAUUUCAAGUUAAAUUUUAAUUAAUGUACUUUUGAAGUAGGAAUAUAAAGAACAAAAAAGGCAGAAUUCUGUUUUACAAAACAGAAUCUUGAGUUGAUGCUUUAAAUUCUACUUUAAAAUUCAUAAUUAUAUAAAAGAUUUGAUAGAAAAGUGAAAAAACUAAAAGAUUUGACCUCAUUGUCUUUAGCUUGUUUCUGGUCUUAAAUCUGUUUGGAUUUCCAGUUUUUUUUUUUUUUUAUACCCUUGAAGUUUUCUUUUCACUGAAAGUUCAGUCAUGUGCUAGUGAAAAUCCAACAGAAAAUACUGAACUGUGAUUCUUCUCUUUAGGUUCCUGACAUGGAUGAUGAAGAGGGUGAGGGUGAGGAUGAUGAAGAGGACGAGGAGGGUCUGGAGGACAUUGAUGAGGAGGGGGAUGAAGAUGGAGAGGAUGAUGAGGAAGAUGAUGGUGAAGAUGGCGAGGUAAAGUGUUACCAAGUAAAAAGAUGUUAGUUGUAUUUUGUUUGACCCUCCAGCUGACUGAUUGAUGUUUCUCAUUUAGGAUGACGAAGGAGAAGAUGACUAA